AUGAAGUUGAUUGAUAGAAAAUUGGACUUGAUCGUCGUAUACAAGCUUAAAAGUAACGAUGAGCUUGUAAAUCUACUUAAAAAAGUAGAGAACUCCUUUAGCUGGACUGUCAGAUCUGGUGCUCAACCAGACGAGAUUCUGAUAUUCUUACAAGCCAAUGCGAGCACUAGAAAGACGGUUGAAGUGGAAUGUAACAACAUGUACGACUACUUCAAUAGCUACUACGCAACUUCUAGCGUUCGCAAAGUUGUUAUCCCACAUGACCACAAAUACAACAAAGAGUUAUUGCACAGUUUGACAAGCAAAUACCUUAUUUCAAACGAGCAACUUACAGGUAUAAAGAACGCAUACGGUACAAACGUGGGCUUUUAUUUCGCUUUCUUGAGGACUUAUUUCCGUUCAUUGGUUUUACCUUCACUCGUAGGAAUUAUCUGCUGGUAUUCGAAAACGGAGUUUAGUGCAUUAUAUGCCAUUUUUAUAAGUCUCUACGCUAUUGGUUUUGUCGAGUAUUGGCGUGUUGCUGAGCGCAUCAUAAGCGUUGAAUGGGGAUCUGAUGGCUCGAGAAGUGUUGAACUCACGAGACAAGAGACUAAGCAAACAGCUUGGUAUGUCCGUGAAGCUAAAUUGUUAGCUUCUCUCCCAAUUUUACUCCUUUUUGCAGCCUUGCUUGCUGCACUUCUAACUUCAAUCUUCAUGCUUGAGGCAUUUGGUUUGCAUUUCUACGAAGGACCUCUAAAAUCCUAUAUUUCACUCGUGCCUACCGUUCUCUUCUGCGUUGUAGUUCCACAAGUUAUAGCAGUAUAUCAACCAGUAUUGACAUGGUUAAGUAAAUGGGAAAACCAUCCAACGCAUUCAGAUACCGACUCAAGUUUGACUAUUAAGACAUUCACUAUCAAUUCACUCGUCAGCUUUGGUGGUCUCGCUUUAACUGCUUAUGUAUACGUUCCAUUUGGAAAUACAUUGAUGUCAAUCGCAGGAGAGAAACUUGGUCGUGAUAUUAGCAAUGUCGUCGCAUUAGAUGGAAAACGCAUUCAAGCUCAAUUAUUUGCAUAUAUGGUUACAUCACAAGCUGUGGGAUCAUUUCAAGAAGUUGGUAUGCCAUUUAUUAUGUCAUUUGUCAAAUCGCACACAUCGAAGAAUACAUACGUACCUGUUGAUGCACCUGAGGAGAAGGAAUAUCUUGAAGAAGUACGUGCGGAAGUAUCUAAAGAACCUUACGAGUUAUUUGAAGACUAUGCAGAGAUGGUCACCCAGUUCGGUUAUAUUGCAUUAUGGAGUGUCGCAUGGCCAUUAGGUCCACUUAUGGGUCUUAUCAACAACUUCUUUGAAAUUCGUGGAGAUGCUUUCAAGUUAAUCAAGCAUCACAGUAAGUGCAUACCUCGCUCAACUGAAAGUAUUGGCCCAUGGUUAGAUACUCUCUCAUUCUUGAGUUGGUUGGGUGCGAUGAUUAAUACAUCACUGGUUAUUCUCUUCAACAGUUCUUUCAAAGAUAGUGAUUUACUUAACGGUCAUAGUGGUGUUCUAGUAGCAUUCAUUGCUGCUCUUGUUGCAUCACAUGGUUAUUUCCUCGUACGUGGUCUUUUUGCUAGAUUAUUCAAGAUAGCUGUUUGGGAUAACUCCACUAGUGCUGCUAUCGUGCGCGAUCGUGCUAUGGCUUUACACGGAAGUGUUCACACUGUACGCGAUGAUAAUGAUCCAUUAGAUAGUAAUUUCGGUAAACUCAAUGAAACGAUCUCAGAAUUAUCAGCCGCACAAUCGAGGAAAGAUCAGUGA